GUGGGAGGUGGGUGAGAGAUUCGCUUACACUAUAUAAGCCUGGCUAAGCCACACGCCGUACAGCUGAAGACUCACGAUGUCACUCUUAUCAUUCCUGGUGCUCGCUCUUCUCUGUGGUGCAUGCUAUGCAACCAUCGUCGACCCAUGCCACAACUACGAAUGUCAUCUUGGUGAUGUCUGUAAGGUCAUAUAUGGCAGACUAGGAACCCCGACGGCGACCUGCGUCCCGAUCGAUAAACCAGGUUACUGCCAUGCCUUCUCGGUGCUCGCCAUCCGCUGCGGCCACGGCCGCCCUUGUUACCGUGACAGUGACUGUCCCGGUAUACAGAAGUGUUGUGGAAGAUGUUCCACCUGCCAAAACCCCACAUUCCACCCGAAAAAGGGUUAAGUCCAACCCUGCUGCUGAUACAAAAAAGUCCACAUUAAUAAUAUGUAAAUAAACUUAAAUUGAUUUCA